ACCGUAGGCUCUGGAUUCUCGGUAGUGGAUUCAACGGGUCUGAGAGCAGCGCCCUCCCAGAGUGCUGCGCGGCGACGCCUGCUGCUUUGCUGUCAUGGCCGGGGUGCUGAAGAAGACCACAGGUCUCGUUGGACUGGCAGUAUGUGAGACCCCACGGGAGCGGCUAAGAUUAUUAUAUUCGAAGAUUCUUGAUGCUCUUGAGUUUAUGCCCUCAAAUGCGGCCUAUAGAAAGUACACAGAACAGAUUACAAAUGAAAGGCUGAAUGUGGUAAAAGAGGAAACAGAUCUUCAGAAACUAGAGGAUAAGCUUCAGGCCGGCCAGCUAGAAGAGGUGAUUCUUCAGGCUGAAAAUGAAUUAUCACUGGCAAGAAAAAUGUUGACAUGGAAACCCUGGGAACCUUUAGUGGAAGAACCGCCAGCCAACCAGUGGAAAUGGCCAUUAUAAUAAAUGUUAAAUAUCUAUGAUAUGUAGUUUUUUUAAAUCAUUAAACAUCUGUUUAAAUACUAUUAAAAUAUUUUUUGAAUUAUUGGAACUUUAUUAAUAGGAAAACUGAAACAAAGUAGUUAGGGACAAAAAAUUAGUGAGAGAUUAAUAUAUGAUAGGGAUGGACCAUGGCCAUUUUAAUCUGAAAAGCAUUUAUUCAUAAAACAUUAUUUUAAAAACCCUUAAAGAAGUGAUUGCAGUUUAAUUUGGAAAAUCUAAUCAGAAACUUUUUUUUUAAUCUUCAAUCCAAGAACAAAGAAAGCAACAGAGACUAAUAAUCUAAGGCAUGAGAAACAAUCAGAAAUUGAAGUAUAAUCUGGAUAGGUUUAUGGAAGACUUCCUUUAGUAUUUUUCAACAUUUAAUUUAAAAGUUUGUGCUAAGUUAUGUUAAUUUCUAGGAAAGAACUGAAUAAGGUGGUAUGCUUGAAUUUUAAUUGAACACUUUUAAAAUGUUGAACUGUUGUAUGGAAAGCACCUGAUUAGCCCAGAUUCUAAAACUUAUCAAUUGAAUGUUUUUAUGUAAUUGUAUGCAUUUUUCCACAUUCUGAAAGUAAUAGGAGAUUUUCAAAUUGAGGUUGACCUGCUUGGCUUUGAGUGUAUGUAUUUAGUGAAGAAAAAUGUAAAUUUAAUAUGUGCAAUUUGGUUCUUAGGUAUAUUAAACAGAAAUGUUUACUGAA